CCGGGUGGCGGCCGCGGCCCUGCGGGGGACCACGAAGGCGCGCGCCCGGGCGGGGAGAGCCUGGUGUCGCGGACGCGCGCGCUCAGCGCUUGCCCGCGACGCGGUACGGCGACCCGCCGACGCUGCAGCCGCCCUUGCAAGCAUGCAACUGCGCUGGACCGGCUUUUAACCAGAGACGGUAUCAGCUGCUGGUUGGAAAGGGAGCAACUUGGCAGCCGCCAAGAUAACGUUUAUCUUGAGUGUUUAAUGAGACAGAAAAAGGAUGCGAGGAAUCAGGUUCCAGUUUUGCCACUGGAGGCUACGGUUUGCACAUUUCUUGGUUUUGGGUGUGGCCGGCCACGCUGUCCUUGUGUUGCAAUCUGCCCUCCAGGGGAGUGCCAACCGUCUGCGCGUUUCCAGGAACGAGUCAAACCGUGAUUGGUGCUAUUGUGAAAAAGAAGCGACGCUGGCCCGGUCGCUCGACUUCUGGACUAUCUCCUCUGAAAAUCUUAUCGAUGUGUUGCCAGUUGAUCCUGUUAAUGAAAAUUAUGUUCGUAAAGUGAAAAACUGUAUUUUUUCAGUUGCCUUCCCUACUCCUUUCAAAUCAAAAGUACGUCUUGUAGCAGUUUCAAAGGAAGUUUUAGAAGAUGUUUUGGACCUUAGUUUAUCUGUCUCAGAAACAGACGAUUUUAUCCAGCUUGUAAGUGGUGGAAAGAUAGUGUUUGGAUCCAUUCCACUUGCUCACCGAUAUGGCGGCCAUCAGUUUGGGAUAUGGGCAGAUCAACUUGGGGAUGGAAGAGCCCACCUUAUUGGAAUUUACAUGAACAGGCAGGGUGAAAAGUGGGAACUCCAGUUAAAAGGCUCAGGAAGAACUCCAUACUCACGGAAUGGAGAUGGCAGAGCAGUGCUCCGUUCUUCAGUGAGAGAAUUUCUGUGCAGUGAGGCAAUGCACCAUCUUGGAAUUCCCACUAGCAGAGCUGCAAGCCUGGUUGUAAGUGAUGAUGAAGUAUGGCGAGAUCAGUUCUACAAUGGUAAUAUUACAAAAGAACGAGGUGCAGUGGUGUUGCGUGUUGCAAAAUCAUGGUUUAGAAUUGGAUCAUUAGAAAUUUUGGCUCAUUAUGGUGAACUGGAUUUACUAAGGACACUAUUAGAUUUCAUCAUCCAUGAGUAUUUCCCCUCAGUGAAUGUAAGAGGACCCAAUAGAUAUGUGGAUUUUUUUUCUAUCGUGGUAUCUGAGGUGGCACAGCUUAUAGCCUUGUGGAUGUCUGUUGGUUUUGCUCAUGGUGUGUGCAAUACUGAUAAUUUCAGUUUGUUGUCUAUUACAAUUGACUAUGGUCCAUUUGGUUUUAUGGAGGCCUAUAAUCCAGAUUUUGUACCAAACACAUCUGAUAAUGAAAGAAGAUAUAAAAUAGGAAAUCAAGCCAAUAUUGGAAUGUUUAAUCUAAACAAGUUGUUACAAGUGCUGAACUUGUUGUUUGAUCCUAUGCAAAAGCAGCUGGCUGCUCAGAUGCUUGAUGGGUACCCUGCUCUUUAUUAUACAAGAUUUAGAAAAUUAUUCAAAGCUAAAUUGGGAUUACUUGGAGAAGGAGAAGGUGAUGAUGAGUUAAUUGCAUUUCUCUUACAUCUCAUGGAAAAGACAGAAGCCGAUUUUACCAUGACGUUUCGGCAGCUCAGCGAGAUUACUGAGAGCCAGUUACAGGAGCUCAACAUUUCCCAGCAAUUCUGGGCAUUGAAGAGAGUAUCGGAGCAUGAACUUUUUCCGACCUGGGUAUCCCAGUACCUUCUGAGACUGAAGAGUAAUAUGAAUGACACAGAUUCUGAAAGAAGGAAAAGAAUGACAACUGUUAACCCCAGAUAUGUGCUGAAAAACUGGAUGGCUGAAUCUGCUAUCCAGAAAGCAGAAAGAAAUGAUUUCUCAGAGGUCCGUCUUCUGCAACAAGUUCUUCAGAGGCCUUUCCAGAGGAACCCUGCAGCCGAGACAGCGGGCUACGCCUCCCCUGCGCCUUCCUGGUCUAAAGGUCUCAGAGUCAGUUGCUCAUCUUAAUUCAGGAAAAAUAAAUGAAAGAACACUUUUGUGGUUGAACUCAACCUAAAAUAAUGUAUUUCGUUGAUGUGUAAUGAUUUCACACAUUUUGAUGAUAAUUCUACACUUGGUAAUAAUGAUGAAAAAUAAAAUAUCUUAAGCUGAAUAAAUUGGACCUUGAUACA